UCUAAAAGAUCACAAUGCUCUCUCUUUCCGUCCUUGGAGUUCUUACCCGCCUUGUUCCUUCUUUUAAAGACGAAUUGAAUAUGGUACAUGUGAAAAGACCAGCUUCCUGUUGUCUGCUCUUCAUCCAUGUAUUUUUGAUCGGCAUCGUCGUUAAAGACGCAGGAACAAAUGUGAUAAAUGAUUGCGACAACACUAAUUCAUGUUUGGAAACCUAUCCUGACAUCUAUUAUGCCUUGGCAUCAGAUGAAAAUAGUUUUAAAAUCGAGUCAGCUUUAUAUCCACUAAAGAAACCUUCAUCAGUUCGUGUAUUUGUGAAUUUGUAUGGCAAAAAUGGAUCCAACAGCGCAGACAAUUCCACAUCCGACGUGACUAACUACACUUGGAGUUUGAACUGUUUGUAUGCUACUUUUCCUGCUGUUUUCCUCGAGUUCCUGUCUCUUGGUUCCAUACUUGUGACUCCUCGUACCCAAGAACUAAACAUAAAAAUUCCAUAUUUUUGUUGUAACGUUUCGACGAAAGACAGGAGAAGGAUGACGGAAGAUGUGCUAGCUUCUCUUCAAGAUCUUGCUGUAAAUCCAAGCUUACGAGAUGCCCGAAUGAACUCUGCACAAUGCGUCACAGAAGGACACUUUGUAGACAUGGAGGCCACAGGACGUAGUCAUUACUUAAGGGCACUUUUAUGGUGUUCCAUCAUAUCUGACAUGUUACUUAGUCCAGUAAUAUUCUAUUUUAUCUGGGCAUACUUGGAAGUAAGUGCUAGAGACGAGAGGAGUUGCAAAUUAUGUUCUGAGGAUGCUACAUGUUGUUGUUUUAAAUUUGGUUUUUGCGAAGAAAAGCCACUAAUACGAUCUGUGACUUUUGUAUCUUAUUUUUUGUUGGUGAUAGAGACUUUAUCUAUUUUUGCUGUGGUGCUGACAUCCAGCGUAUAUUCUAUCAAAGGUAAUAUUCCAGCAGACUUUUACGCAAUUUUUGCAGUCAUAGCUUUGGAAUCUUUCGCACUGUUAUUUCACUGCUGUGUACCUUUCAAAAAUUUAAAGCCCAGGAGCACAUUCUGUUUUUCAUUUUGUCGUAGAUCUUCGGUAAUGAUGACCAUAAACUUGGUUUUAUAUCAUUUUUAUUGGGUUACAAUUGGCAUCAUGAUCAACCCAAUUUGGGGCUUGUCUAUUCUACUUAUCACUGCCUUGUUCAUUGUUGCCUUAUUCGUUGCCAUCUACAACAUCUGUAAUGUAGAUCAUUGUAAGAGUACUCUUUUCCUUCAGCGUUUAUGCAUAUGUUCAGCUGGCUUUCUUGGUCUCUGUUUUGCUGUGGCUGGUCCAGCAUUAGCUGGAAGGUCAUUUUAUGGCGGACAAACUGCCGAUGAUUUUCUGAAAACUACAUUAUUGUCUGUUAUUGGUUUAGCAUCAUGGCUGUACUUUAAAUCCCGCAAGCGUUCCUCUGAUAGCUCACAGUGUAUAGAGGCUGUGCAGGAGGCAGCAGCAGCAGCAGGAACUGUGCUUGGUGGAAAUGAAACUGAUGCUCUUACUGACGGAGCAGGCAAAGAAUCAAUUCUGCUAAACUAGAUGGUAAUAUACAAGCUGUAUACAAGCUGCAUUCCAUGAGGUGGGCUUCCUUGCCUUCCUCAGCCACCUCGGUCCCAUCCCCCUCCCACUUUUUCUUUCCCUUUUUUCACUCUCACGGUCUCACGGUUAUGGUUCCCUUCUUUCUUCAUAUUUUCUCUGCUUUCAAAAAACAUGUCGGCGGCCAAACAUUUUACGCAUCUAAGGAUUAGAUGCAGUUUAGAAAAUUAUAUAAUGUUAUUGCUCUUAGGAGCUCGUCAGUGAUGUGUAAAUCUUAUCAAAUUGAAGUUUCUUUGCUCUAGAUAAAAUCAAUCCUUUGAACAAUAAAAAUCCACCUUAUUCGAUGUAAUAACCCGCAAUACGCACAGAUAUAUUGUGAAAUGCUUUGUUACUUGGGAGGUGAAAUACGAGCAAUGAGCAAAAUGUUCUCUCGCGAAGACAGAGGAUUCAUUAUUUCAGUAUUAUUUCAUUUACCGAGCGAAAGACGAAAUCAACCGAGAUGAAACCAUUGAAGAGUUCUUCAUGACCAAGAAAAUAUUCUGAUGCGCUUUAAAAUUCUCUAAAGCC